UGUACUAGAAAUUUCUGCAAGGAUGAUUUGAAGUGUAACACCUUGUGCGCAUGCGUACAUCAGUUCUGGAUAUUUCUUCACGUGUUGGAAGCACUUGGACUCCCCCAGUGUGUCCCAUCCAUCCACGCUGUGUCAGAUACCGGGGUACAGCUCUGCGCUUAUUAUCAGACCACACUCAUACACAAAUGGCGUUCAGAAAAUUCCUACCCCUGUUUGACCGUGUGUUAGUGGAGCGUUUAACAGCAGAGACAGUAACUAAAGGGGGCAUUAUGCUGCCAGAGAAGUCUCAAGGCAAAGUGCUUCAGGCCACAGUAGUAGCAGUUGGACCUGGGUCCGUAAAUCAAGAUUUCUACAACUGGCCGGAUGAAUCAUUCGAGGAGAUGGACAGCACCCUCGCUGUUCAACAGUAUAUACAGCAAAACAUUCGGUCAGAUUGUUCAAAUAUUGACAAAAUCCUAGAACCUCCAGAGGGUCAAGAUGAGGGUGUAUGGAAAUAUGAGCACCUCAGGCAGUUCUGUCUGGAGCUUAAUGGGUUAGCUGUCAAACUGCAGAGUGAGUGCCAUCCUGACACCUGCACCCAAAUGACAGCCACAGAACAGUGGAUCUUUUUAUGUGCUGCUCAUAAGACACCCAAAGAGUGCUCUGCCAUUGACUACACCAGGCACACGCUGGACGGAGCUGCCUGCCUUCUUAAUAGCAACAAAUACUUUCCUAGCAGGGUGAGCAUCAAGGAAUCAUCAGUGGCCAAACUAGGCUCUGUGUGUCGUCGCAUAUAUAGGAUAUUCUCUCAUGCCUACUUCCAUCAUCGCCAGAUAUUUGACAAGUAUGAGAAUGAAACGUUCCUGUGUCACCGGUUUACACGCUUCGUAAUGAAGUACAAUCUGAUGUCCAAGGACAACCUGAUCGUGCCCAUUCUGGAGGAGGAAGUUCAGAACACCUCGUCAGCAGGGGAGAGUGAAGCCUAAAGAUACAGCAGCUGCCAUAAAAAGAGAAAUAUGUAAACACAAUUUAUAAGGUGAUGGUUGACCGGCUAAGACACACAUACUCACUCAUACUGGACACACACACUACAGUGUAUUUAGGCUCUUGUCUAGCAUCACUGUCUGUUGGCCUCCUCUUCCUUAAUCCCCCGUGUCUGUCUGAAGGUACGGUUGUAGGAUAGGACUAAACCAGGUCUACAUAGUUGACAGACUUUCAUUAGCAUUAACAAUUGCUGUUCAGACUCAUGCUGUAAUUCUUCCACCAGGGGGCCACAGCUGUUUCUGAAUAAAGACCCGCUCUCACCACUUAUUUAGGGAACCUUUUUGUUGAAUCUUUUGAGCAGCUGGAUUUGCAAAUUUUAUGUAAUCAUGGUGACCUGUAUUGAUGACAAAGGCGCACUGACAGCCUCCCUUUGUAAAUAUUCCUGCCUUUAUCUCUUUUUCACAUCAUAUUUUCUGAUGGUGCUUCACUUUUUGUGUCCGCUUCUGUUCUAUAUUUGCUUGUGUUGCCUCAUCCUGUUUGGGGAUGUCCCAUGUUAUGGAUCACUAAAUUAGCCUGCUGACUUAAUUAUGCUUAAACACAAUGUAGGUGUGGUUUGUGUGUUAGUGAACAAAGAAAUCUAAUCUCUAGCUUUGUACAUGUAAUAGCAACCAGAUAAUCUCCCUCUUUGGGCUCUGACAGAGUAUUUAGGAAAACUUCUUUGCCAACUCUGAUCCUGCUUUGUGACACGCCCCUAUUUUAGUGUAAAACGUGCCCAGUACCUCUUUGCCUAUAUGGAUUAGCAAUUGUUAUAUGAGCUUUACAAGCAGAAACUGUGCUGCUCGAGGCCAGUUUUAUUGUUUUCAAUGUUAAAAAAAAAACACAAGAAAGGAUGGAAUAUUGGCUACACUGAAGUUCUGGAGCACAACCUCCCAUCUCUUACCCUCUCCCUCAUUAAGUUAUUUUGUGGGAGGAGUCUUGUCAAUCCAACCCACUGUUUUUUUAAUAAACUAAAAAUUUUGUUACUGUUGACAUUUUCAUGAUGUCUGUUAAUAAAAAAAGACCUAUUAUUCA